UACUUGCAAUCUUCCGGUGACCCGAAUAAUGUUAGCAUGCUGGUAGGACGUCUAAAUAGUGUUGUAACUGUCGUAAAUUGAAUUAUCCAUAACAAAAAUUAAGUAAGCAGCGAAAUCGCUGAAAGUAAACCAAAAGAGGAUAACGAGGUUGGUACUGCUGAUUCACAGCGAGUCAAGGCAAUAUGGCAGUUUUGUAUUGUGCGGUUUUGUGUUGAUACAUGUGAAAGUUGUGCCGUACUUUCAUAAUGAAGUUAUUCGUAAUGAAAUAAACGCGCAGUAUGAAAGUUAAAAAUAAUCUAUCAAUUAAUAUGAAGCAAGGCAAAAAGUAUACAUUGUCAGAAGAAAAUAGUUUUGAUGAAGCUGAUGGUACUGAAGGAAGUGAAGACAUAGAAUUAAAUAAUAUGGAAGAGUCAGAAGGAGAUGAUGAUGAUGAUGAUGAUAUUGGCGAUUAUGUAAGUGAAGAUAAUGAGAAUGGGGAAGAUGCAGAUGUAAAAGAGGAGGAUAAGAGUGAUGGUGUUAGUGGAAUGAAGGAGGGAAAUAAACCAGUGAAGAAGAAACAUGUGGAGGAUGAAAAUGAAGGUGCAAAGAAAAAGCAGAAGGUUAAGUCAGCAGAUACUAAUCUGUAUAGACCCCCAACUGUGAAGGAGUUGAAUCAACUCAGAGAGACAGAGAACUUGUUUCACUCAAAUCUUUUUAGAUUACAGAUAGGGGAAAUGCUGAAGGAAAUCAAUAUAAGAGCCAGGUACAAAACUCUGUUUCACCAUUGGGUGGAAGAUUUUAAGAAAGCUCUCGGAAACAUUGCUGAUUCCAAAGAAUAUGAUAUAAUGGAUCGAAAAUGGCUGAACAAAUUGAAGGUGAAAAUUCCAAUACACUACCUGCCUCGAGUAACAGGAGUCUUUAAGUUCAUGAAACCAACAUCAGUUUCAGUGGUUGGAUCAUUUGGAGCAGGUUGUUGUCUUGGACCUGAUAUCAAGAUUGAUGUACGAAUUGAAAUGCCACAGAUCUGCUUUGAUAUGAAGGAUUAUCUAAAUCAUAAAUACCAUAUGAAGCGAGCACUGUACCUAGCGUACAUUGCUGGAAAAUUGCAAGAAAUUGAGCUGGUGGAAGAAAUGCUCUUUUCACAAAGCUGUGGAAAUCCGUUGAAGCCAGUCCUUUUGGUGAAGCCAAAGGGAAAGCUGGGUAAAAGAGUUCUCAUUGUAGUGCAUGUGUCACCUCCUGUUGGUGUCUUCAAGCUCUCACGUUUAUGUCCGGAAAGGAACAAUAUACGCCCAAAUUGGUAUUUUGAAGAGAAGGAAAUAGUGGAAGAAGAGUCACUCCCACCAACUCCACAUUACAACUGUAGUAUACUGAAAGAUCUUAUUCUAGAUGCAAAUGAGGAAUAUCGUGCCAGCAUUCUGGAAAGUCAUCCAAAUCUGAAAGAUGGAAUUUUAAUGCUGAGGGUCUGGUUAAAACAAAGAGGACUAGAUCAGGGUUAUGGGUGUUUCAGUGGCUACAUCAUGUCUAUGUAUGUUCUGUACUUGCUGCAGUCUCACCGUAUUAACAGUGUCAUGAGUAGUUACCAGGUUGCAAGGAACACGUGGAAUAAUUUGGCAAAAAGUAACUGGACCACAGAUGGCAUCAGUCUAGCACAGUCAUUUCCCCAGCAGUCUAUUUCUGAUUUCCAUCAGUAUUUUGAGGUUGUGUUUCUUGAUGUGACUGGCACCUGCAAUUUUUGUGCUGAGAUGAGCAAGGAGGUUUUCCUUUGGGUAAAACAGGAGUGUGACUUGGCAGUGAAAUGUUUGGAUAAUCCAAAUAUUAAUAGCUUUCAGGCUCUUUUCAUGACUUCCAUGCCAUUCUAUCGCCAAUUUGACCACAUUAUCAGGAUACAGGAUUUGUCAAUGAUUAAUAAGGUAGUGGAAGAGUACAGUCCUCGAAUGCAGAAAAUGAAUUAUACAGGUCACAGGUAUCCACAGGCAUUGAGAUUAAUACUUGAAGUACUGAGAAGAGGCUUGGGUCAACGAGUGAAACACAUUGGUAUCAUGUUACCCAAUGCAAAGAGCUGGCCACUAACGGAUUUUCCACCAUCAUUGAAUGUAGUAAUAACAUUGGGUUUAACCUUGGACCCUGAGUUUGCUUUUAGUGUUCUGGAAAAGGGACCAGGGGCAAAUUUGCCAGAGGCAUUUGAAUUCCGAAAAUUCUGGGGGAAAAAGUCAGAAGUUCGGCGAUUUCAAGAUGGAAGUAUAUCAGAAUCGGUUGUGUGGAGUAAUGGUUCAGCAACGUUGGCUCAGAAACGGAUGAUAUGUCGCCAUGUAGUCACUUACCUUUUGAAUGAAAAAUUUGGCUUUCGAACUAACAGGGGGAUCAUGUAUGUGGCAGAUCAACUGGAUGCAUUGAUACAACGCUACAUGUUACCUCCAGCUGAUUUUGACUAUGGGACAGGCGAAGAAGCAACGGUACGAGUUAUUAGUGCUGUAGAUAGUCUUGGGAAGCAGUUGCGACAGUUAAAAGACAUUCCUCUGGAAGUGAGUGCAGUUCAAGGAACGUCACCAGUGUUCCGCUACUGUGAUGUAUUCCCACCUCUUUCAUCAUUAUGGAAAAUAACUAAACAACAGGGGACAGAAGGAAGGAACUAUUUCCUGAAGAUAGAUGGUGAGCCAGCUAUAGCCCCACGCUGGAUUCCGUUUGUUGAUGCAAUUAUUCAACUGGGAUUGAGCGGAAAGUGGCCAGAUGAUUUAUGUGCUGUUCAGAGGAUCAAAGCUGCAUUCUACAUUAAAAUUGCAGACAGCAUAUCAAAACAGUUCAACUUAACAGCUCAGCAAUAUCCAGAUUGUGUUUACAUCUUCAAGGAUGGGUUUGUGUUUCGUCUGCAUGUGGCACAUCAGCAUGAAAUAUAUCUCCUUAAAAAGACAACCACUCCAGAGGGAGUGACCAAGUACAGAGACACAGAAGAAUCACUUGAUCUGGAGAAGAGAAUUGUUCACCUUCCAAAACUCACCAGUGCUUUGCAUGGAUUGCACCAACAAUACCCAUCGUAUGGUCCCACUUGUUGCCUGGCAAAGCGGUGGCUGUCGGCACAGUUGUUGGAUCCAUAUCAUUUCCCAGAAAUGUGUGUUGAGUUGUUGGUUGCAUCCCUUUAUCUGAUGCCUGAACCAUACCAACCACCAAAUCAGCCGCAGCUUGGGUUCUUCAGGUUUCUACACCUUCUGGCUUCCACGAACUGGAAUACUGAAUGUGUCAUUCUCAAUCUAAAUGCUGAAAUGACAAGGGAAGAUAUCCUAGAAAUUGAAACGUGGUUCCACAAUUGUCGUACUACAUUGCCUGCCUUGUUCCUGUCAACACCAUAUGACAGGAAGAACUCCAUAUGGACAAAGGAAGCUCCUUCACUGCAGAUUCUUAUCCGUGUGGCUCUGCUUGCUGGAGAGGCUCUCAGAGUUAUAGAACGUCUGCUCUUCUUACCCAUUAAAUCUGACUGGAAGCAAAUUUUUCGACCACCUCUAGAGGCUUAUGAUGUGCUGAUACAUUUGCUCCCCAAGCUGAAUUCACGGUGCUUAGAAGCAGUAGAUGUGAAGCAUGAGUGGUCAAAUCAUCGGCUACGAGCUUACCACAAAGAGCCUUGCGAAAAGAUUCCAAUUACAGGGUUCAAUCCUGUUGAUUGCUUUCUAGCAGAGCUAAGGGAGAACUAUAGUGACUAUGCACUGUUUUUCUGUGACAUUUAUGGGGGUAAUUUCAUUGCUGUACUUUGGAAACCAUCAGCACUAUUGCCGAAGGAUUUUAAAGUGUCACAUAUAAACUGUCACAAACCUUCCAAGGAUGGUUCAAAGGUUGAGUUGAAUGUUGAUGCAAUUGUAGAAGAUUUUUACAUCUUAGGAAAGGGAGUCAUUUCAACAAUUGAUGUGAAGUCUGGCAGUCCAUUGUAAGGAAUAUAAUCCUGAAUGAGUCAUACAAAGCCCCCUCCCAAGGCUUUAUACUGUGUUGAGAGCAGUUUCCUGUUCAAUCAACUGCCAGUUUGCUGGACCUGUUGCAGCUUCACCAGAGCCCCAUCUGCCAUCGUUUCAGGGUUCCUGCCCCAACUCCUGCAGCAAGAAUGGUGGGGUUGGCCUUUGAGAGAGUGCAUUCUCUCUAUAUAUUCAAAUGUUAACUUCACUGCCUUAUGUUAGUGUGGUUUUGUGGCGACCAUUACUUUAAUCUUAAAAUGAAAAACUAGUGAAUAAUUCAGUGGGUCAUGUAAGAUUUUGUGUUUGUAACAAAAAUAAUGCUGUGUAAGAUUUGAGGUUUUCACAGAAUAUGAAGUCAUACUGCCUCCUUCAUCAGGGCGAUGAAUCGCAGUAUGACCUCUGAAACGUUGGUUAACAUCUAUCAGACUACACAGCGCAACAACCCAGAAGACAGAAAUCUUCUGGUUCUGUCUCACUUUCAACUUGAACUCGUAAUUAGGUGAUAAGUACCAAUCAGAUAAUUCUGUGAUAUUUAUUUUGAAAGCUUAAUUUUAUAGUAGUGAGGGUCCGCAGUGGCCGCGCGGGUUGAGGCGUGGGUCUUGUGCCUCUUGGUCGCAGGGACUGUGGGU